ACUCGUCUUCUGCUCAAGGUGGCCAGCAGUAUGCGUUCUCUAUCCCUUCUCCCAGUCACACUAUUUUUGACCAUAGUGCAAGUGGUCUCAGCCACUACCGCCACUUCGGCACCCACGACGCGAGCUCGAUCAACUUACGUCACCACCUCAUUCUACUCGCUCGCGACGACAGAAAUUCCUCAUGAUGAGCUGAGUAUCGGAAUGGGUCAGAAUGGGACCAGAGGCAACUACUACUGGCUGGCUUGCAUCAACGAGCCUUUCACCACGCGAGGAAAGACCGCGCUUGGAAUUGAUGGCAAGGGAAUCCUUUGUGACGUUGGAUGUGGGCACAAGUACUAUGAACUUGUUACGCACGUCAACAUCGUCAGGCGCCCCAGGUUUAACCACUACUUCGAAUCCCAGUACCGCGACCAGUGCUGUCCAAACGGGUGA